AUGGAGUUUCUCAAUAACCUCCUUACGAAUUUAGAGCCAGAAGUUCAAGAUGCUGAAGAAGAAACCUUUUAUCUGUAUGCUCAGCCUAUACCGUCCAUGAACCUUGGAUUCAUAGAUGCUCGCGCUACUUCAGUCGAUGUAUCAGUCGGUGACCGGGACUUCACUAUACAUCAGUCCCCUACUGUUCUCUCAUCUUCACGAUCAGGUGGUACAACUGGAGCAGUUAUCUGGAAGAUAGCACCCACAUUCGCUACCUGGCUCUCAUCUCCUUCCAACCCUAUUCUCGCCAACAUCAAUCUCACAAACGCCUCCAUCCUUGAGCUGGGCUGUGGCAUAUCACCCCUGAGUGCUCUAGCCCUCGGUCCGCGUGUGGCUCGCUACGUUCUGACCGACCAGUCUUAUGUCCAGCGCCUUCUCCAGAGAAAUAUCGACGAGAACUUUUCAUCGGCAUUUAGCUCAGGCACAUCUACACCCAUAGGCGGUCGCGGCAGGAAGAAGCGCAAUGCCCAUAGCCCUGCAGCUCCCCAGCACAACAUUCGCUUCACAACGCUCGAUUGGGAGACCGACGAAGUUACGCCUUCUUUAGUGGGUUCUGACGAGGCCGGAAGCUUUGAUGCGGUCGUUGCUUGUGAUUGCGUAUACAACUAUGCUCUCGUAGAUCCCUUCGUUCAGACAUGCGCAGAUGCAUGUCGCCUGCGACUCUCUGAUCCUGCACUUGCUGAUAGCGAUGAAAGAAGACCUUGCCUCUGUGUUAUUGGGCAACAGCUCCGCAGCGACGAGGUAUUUGAGUCGUGGCUCAAAGCGUUCUCAGCCUCGUUCCAUGUCUGGAGAGUCUCUGACAACGUGCUACCCGAAGAGCUACGAUCAACAGCUGGAUUUGUCGUGCAUGUUGGCAUACUCCGUGAGGAACUCGGACGAAGUCAAUAG